CCACGCCAGGCUCUUCGACUGAAGUCGACUUUGCAGUUAAAACGGGCCCCGAGAACUGAUUGAAUCUGAAGAGAAGAACAAUUAGCAAUGGAUAUCGACUCUGAAAUGACGGAAUCUCCGUCUUAUACCAUCCUUCGCAUCAAGCGCAAACGGAAUGAGGAACCGCUGGACGCUCUCGUGGUGGAAUCAAAAAACCGCCGCAAGAAAUCCCGAGCCGGUGUUGACCUGUUUCAGUUCGCCGAGACCGUCGAGGGGAACGCAUGGGAGGACCAGCAGCGGCAGAAAGCAUUGCAAGACCGCAUAACCGCCCUUGCCCAACUGCCAGUGGACGAACGUCCCGCGCCACCUGCUCUUGCCACACCGCCUGGCCAGAUCUCGCGGCAGCAGAGCACCAACCCUCGGUACACGAUUGUGCAGAAGGAUCUACCCAAGGAAGAACCGAAGCUCGCAUACCCGACUGCUCCACCGCGAGUGAUCCCGCACAAGGAGCUCCGGAAUGCGACGCCCAAUUUUACGCUAUUGGACGCGGUACCUUCCGAGCCCUCCAUCGUAGCUGCAGACUCGGAGAUGGACAAUUUCCUGCCCAUGUUGCAAGAUUACCUCAAAGUCCACGAGAUAUCCCUAGCCGAUCAUAACGCAGAGGCAUCGGCAACUAGUGCCCCCGGUGCAGUACCCGCUAGCGCCAGCGGCGGUACUCUCGCCCGCUCAGCGUCGGCGGACCAUCAGGAGGACGGCGAUUACGUGUGGGACGUCUUCUACCGGCGUGCGAUCACGCAGAACGAGUGGAACAAGAUUGCGAAUUACGGGACUCUAAUUGGUCUGCCACCCUCGUUGAACGACCCUAAUGAGUCGGACUCCGACGCUGAGCCCGAGGACGAGGACGAUGAGGAUUCGAACGCAGAGGACUACUACAAGAACGACUAUCCAGACGAAGAAGAGUCUGCAUCAGACGGCAGCGAUAUGUUCCACGAGGCGAAUUCAGACGUCUAUUCCGACUACGACGACGCGGACGAAGGUGACCAUGAAUGGAGAUGACGAUAUUUCUGAGAGUCGCGACGCACGAGAUUCAUGCAUUUUUUUAGAUAUCAUGG